UGGGCGGGGUCACAUCGACCAAAAGUCGUCUGGGUAUAAUAGGAUAACCGACGACGUCCGGACACUUGAGUUCACCUGCGCUGACCCGUCGACAUGGCCGACACGAGAGAGAAGACCACGGACCAGAUGAAGACGUGGCAGCAGAGCCGAGGCUCGCAGAGGCCGGACACGCUGACAACGGGAGCUGGCCACCCCGUUGGAGACAAGCUGAACCUGCAGACCGCCGGCCCCAGGGGCCCGCUGCUGGUCCAAGAUGUGGUCUUCACCGACGAGAUGGCCCACUUCGACAGGGAGCGGAUCCCAGAGAGGGUGGUGCACGCCAAGGGCGCAGGGGCGUUUGGCUACUUUGAGGUGACCCAUGACAUCACUCGAUUCUCCAAGGCCAAGGUGUUUGAGCAUGUCGGCAAGACGACGCCUGUCGCCGUUCGCUUCUCCACUGUGGCUGGGGAGUCGGGAUCAGCUGACACGGUGCGGGACCCCCGAGGCUUUGCCAUCAAGUUUUACACUGAGGAGGGAAACUGGGACCUGACUGGAAACAACACCCCCAUUUUCUUCAUCAGGGAUGCCAUGCUGUUCCCGUCCUUCAUUCACUCCCAGAAGCGCAAUCCCCAGACACACAUGAAAGACCCUGACAUGGUGUGGGACUUCUGGAGCCUGCGGCCGGAGAGUCUGCAUCAGGUGUCCUUCCUGUUCAGUGAUCGAGGUUUGCCUGAUGGCUUUCGUCACAUGAACGGCUACGGCUCCCACACCUUCAAACUGGUCGCUGCCGAUGGAGAGCCAGUCUACUGCAAGUUCCACUUAAAGACCGAUCAAGGAAUAAAGAAUAUGUCGGUGGAGGAGGCAGACCGCCUGGCAUCCACCAACCCAGAUUAUGCUAUUGGAGACCUUUUCAAUGCCAUUGCCAAUGGCAACUGCCCAUCCUGGACCUUUUACAUCCAGGUCAUGACCUUUGAGCAGGCUGAGAAGUUCCAGUUCAACCCCUUCGACCUUACCAAGGUGUGGUCCCAUCAGGAAUACCCCUUGAUCCCCGUGGGUAAAAUGGUUCUCAACAGGAACCCCGUUAACUACUUUGCAGAGGUGGAGCAGUUGGCCUUUGACCCCAGUAACAUGCCUCCGGGCAUCGAGGCGAGCCCCGACAAGAUGCUGCAGGGGCGUCUCUUCUCCUACCCAGACACACAUCGACACCGGCUGGGAGCAAACUACCUCCAGAUCCCAGUCAACUGCCCCUUCAGGGCCCGUGUGGCCAACUACCAGCGUGAUGGUCCGAUGUGUAUGUUUGACAACCAGGGUGGCGCUCCAAACUACUAUCCCAACAGCUUCAGUGCCCCAGAAACCCAGCCUCACUUUGUGGAGUCCAAGUUCCAGGUGUCUGCGGAUGUGCACCGGUACAACAGUGCGGACGAAGAUAAUGUUACACAGGUCCGUGCCUUCUACACCCAGGUGCUGAACGAGGGGGAGCGUCAGAGACUUUGCCAGAACAUGGCGGGGGCCCUGAACGGAGCCCAGAUCUUCAUCCAGAAACGUAUGGUGGAGAACUUGAAGGCCAUCCAUCCUGACUAUGGAAACAGGGUUCAGGCUCUUCUCAACAAGUACAGCGCAGACGCUCAGGAGACCUCCACUGUGCACGUUUACAGUCGUCCAGGAGCCUCGGCCGUCGCUGCGUCCUCCAAGAUGUGAUGCCUUAACAUUUCUCUCGGGAUCAGGGGAGGAGCUCAGGCUCCCCUCUCUGACAAAUGCACUUGUGUGAUUACCAACUGCUACUACCAGUAACAAGAUGAUAUAUUACUCUACACUAUUCAAAAACAAACCUUUUAUUGUUGGGUUUAGUGUGUUUUUAAUGCAUCAAAACAAUAGAUUUUCUUCAUAAUUCUCAAAGCUUCCAAUAUUCAAGAGGGUCAGGAUUGUUAAAACAUCGACCACCAUGGUGUCUAAUUUUGACCAGUGACUGUUUGUUGAUUCUUUUAGCAUUUUGACUGGAUGGCAUUACAUGAAUUAUUCUCAACCGCCGUGAGGUAAAAUGAGCGAUGCUUGUCCAAUAAUUCCUCAGGUUGUGUGAAAACUACGAUGUCGCAAUUAUCCAAAAUUCAGCUACAACAUUCAAAUAACAUCUGUUCGAAACAAAACAAUUGUCAUGUCAUGUUCCUGAACCCUGCUUAAAUUUUGAAUCUUGGUUUUAAAGAUUUUUUGAUUUUUACUAGAUUUGCUGUUCAGGAUUUGCUUGCGUUUUUGUUUUCAGUGCAGUUAAAGAUGAGUUUAAGAUAGUUUUCAUCGUUUUAUAGAUGAAAAGAACCACUAUCAACUACUUACUAAAUCCUGAUUAGUAAAAAAACUUCAUAGUUGUUGUCUUGUGGUUGUCUGCUUGUCUCAUCAUAUAUGCAAUUCAUCAAGGGCGCUUUUCAAGUUGCCAUAUUUUCUUGCAACCAAUACUCUCUUGUGCCUUUUUGUUUUGUUCAAAAACUGAAAAAACAAGUGACAUUUUAAUAAGGAAUAAUCUGUUUUUGAAUUACUCUGUAUUACACUUGUUUAGAUGUAGAAAGAGACCAAAUGUUUGAAGAUGUUAGUAAAUGAUUACAGAUAUGAUAAAAUUUGAGAUGAGUCUGAUUAUUUCCAGGUCAUCAAAGUUUAAGUGCAACUUUUUCAUGUUGGUCAUUGAUUCUGUCAAGUGAUAACUAACAAAGCUCCCCAAAAUAUCAAUUCAAAUCAAAUGUAUCAUUGUCCAUAUGAAUUAUCAGUGUAACCUGCCACUGUUGUAUAUUUGUAAACUCUCAAAUGAUCGCGAUCUGAAUGUAACAGAUUUAUUUUCUUUUUAUUAAUGUAUUAGUUGUGAACCUCAUUCAGCUGAGAUGUACAGUAUCCUUGUUCUCAUCAGAGUUCAUCAGCAGCUUUGUAUCCAGCUGUGCUUUUAAAGCAGGUUUGCAUCUGAAUGGAUCAUUUGACAUAGUAUGUGAAGUCAGAUUGAAUUUUAGUUUAGCAGCAGUUUGAUCAAAUUUUCUGAUUUCAAAUAUUGUAAGAGGUGCCUGCUGCCGUGGCUUCAGGUGAUGGCCUGACUUCGUUCUUCGCUUUACACUGACAUGAUUUGAGCAGGAACAGACACUAUAGCGGUGUUACAAAAGCCUUCAAUGGAACCCGUCCAUGUUUUUUAACCGUUGUCUUGCCAUCAUUAAUAACUUUGUUAUUAAAUACAGAUUUCCUCUGCAAAA